GAUUCGGAUUUCCUCUUAAAUCAGGAGUGUGACAAGGACUCUUUGAUUAUUUAUUGUGCAUUCCUCAUCACUGGUGCCAUUUUCAUAAACUUGUUAUUAAUAACAAAUAUUCAAUAACAGUUAGAGGUGAUGAUAAUUGGCCUUCGUCAGAAUGAGGUAUCUCCGUAAGUUGACAAGCGGGAAAAUCCUUGCUCUCUCCGCUUCUAUAGGACUUUGCAUCUACGUCCUUCUUCUUCUGUCAUCCAAUCAGCACGCUAGCUUUGGGUCACGUGACGGCCUGUGGACUCAGCGAGAAUUCAACGCAGAAGGGUGGCUAGACCAUCUUCACCCUCAGCCGAUUAUCCAUCGCUCCAAAAAUCGCCUCGACGAGUCCAAUACUAAGAAUGACGUCAUCUAUGACGCAGGCGACGAAGACAGAGAAUUUUCGGUCAGCGGAGACAACGCGGGCGAAGACGAAUCCUCCUACCCGGUUUUCUCUCAUCCGUUCGGGCAUCCGGCUCCGGCCGUUCGUCGGAUAUAUCCCAAGGACCGGAGCAAGUCUAAAAUCGCCUUCAAACCGGUGUACGAAUCUACCCCGGAUCGUAAGCGGGUAGGCACGAUAUCUAUCAGAGACGAUCCUUUUGGUGCUAGAAUGGUUGAGGAGAAGCGAACAGAUCACUCGACAGAUGACCAAAGAACGUGCAAGCCCCAAUCAAAUAUAGUUUAUGUAAAGACUCAUAAAACAGGUAGCUCGACGCUACAGAAUAUUAUAUACCGUUAUGGGGAUGAGAGGAGGUUGACCUUUGCACUCCCGUCACGUGGUGUUUACAUCCAAUCAGUGCGCGAGUUUGAACCAAACAGUAUCUUGCCAGUACGUCAGGGAAAAUCAUACAACAUUAUGGCCAACCAUCAGAGAUUCUUUUAUGAGAGCAUAAAAGAUGUGAUGCCGCCGGAUACCAAAUACAUCACGAUUAUCCGGAAGUCCGCCGAUCAGUUCCGGAGCAUGUAUUCUUACUUCGUAAUGGAGAAUACGUACAUGGCUACGUUGGAACAGUACUCACUCAAUCCGGAAUUCUUCUACAACAAAUACGGAUCUGUUAAAUACAAACGUCACAAUGGAAGGGACCCGAUGCUCUUUGACCUCGGGAUGGAGCGUAGUUUCAGCGAGAACCCUAAGCUGGUCCAGGACUACAUCCAGUUCCUGGACUCGAAAUUCCAUUUGGUCCUAAUCAUGGAAUACUUCUUCGAGUCGUUGAUUCUACUGAAGAAUCUGUUCUGUUGGGAUAUGCGCAGUCUUGUACACGUACAUAACAAGAUUAAAGUUUCGCUGGACCCACAUUCUGCAGCGCAGUCUAUUGAUGACGAGAGAGCAGCGGAAUAUGUAGUGAAGCGUCUGGAUUGGUGGAACAGAGGAGAUGUGAAGCUUUAUAAGCACUUUAAUAGAACUCUAUGGGAGAAGAUUGACGCGUAUGGAAGGGCGAAAAUGGACGCGGAGGUGGCAGAAUUAAAAGUCAUGUGCGACAAAGUGAAAGAUCAGUGUAUGGACGGGACGAGUGUCCGCGAGAUCUCGCGAGGUUCAAUGAAAGAUACGGGUCUCGCGGAGUACGUGGUUAAACGAAGUCAAAUGAGAAACAGUACGUGCAGACGACUUGCAAUGACAUCGAAAGAAUUCUUAUCACAUCUCAGAACAAAGCAUAUAAAUAGUUUCCGACAUGGAAAUUGAAAAUAGCGCCACGUUGAAAUGAUAUUAAAGCUUAUUAUUAUUAUUAUAUUUCUUUUCUCUACCUGAUUGAUUGAUUAAUUGAAAGACACCUUACUUCAGUAAACCAGAAUUGGACAGUGCAUUUGCUUACUCUGCAUAAACGCCUCUCAUCUCAUAAAUACUUUGUUAAUACAAUUAUGCUACUAGAUUCCUACAAUUCGUGUUAAAGUUCAUUCUAAUAUUUAAUUAGAAGUCAAAUUAUGUAACACUGUCAGCCUAACUCUUUAUUAAACCUGUCAUAAAUUAGAGCAAACUAAAUUAUCAUGGCCUAAUUUUUGAAAAACAUGAUUAUGUUGCUGCAUUGUUGGGUAGUGCAACUAUGGCCAUGAUAUGUAUAUAUAUAUCUGCCCAUACUCCUCUGGGGGUUUCUAGAAACAAGCGUUCAACAGUUUUGUGAAUUGUUUAUGGAAAAGAUGAGGUAAUACGCGCUUGUGAGUCCUUUUCAAGAUACACCAUAUCGGAGUAGAAGAAGGGUCCACUGCAAAGUGCCUGUGAAUUUGAGCACAACUGAAUAAAUUCAAAUUGAUUAUAAUUUUCCCCACCACUGUGAGCGAGUUUCUUCUACAGACCGACCUUUAUCGUUUUAAAAUACCUUCUUCGAAGGGGCUGCGAAACGGUUUUGAAAGGGGGCUGAGCCAAAAGUGUGUGUGUGUGUGUAUGGGGACUAUUAUGAAAUCGAAUUAGAUGGUCAUUUCUACGAUUUUGUUCAGGUUUAUCAGUUUAUUGAUAAAAUAUUGAGGCGACACACGUUAAAAAUAUUGGGUAGAAAUGCUCCAUGAGGGUAAUUAUGUGUCCAAGCAACAUUUAGCAUUUUUUGGGGGCUUUUUUAUUUAUCCAGUGUGAUGAAAAUUUUGCCCAUUCUAAAGUUAUUGCUGUUAAUUUGUUAACCUUACUGGAUAAUAUGCUUCCCGCAUUGGGUAAAAUACUGCCCCAAAUUGGUUGGGCACAUAUUUUCCCUCGUGCUGGUUAACAUUUUACCCAAUAUUAUAUUUUACAGUGCAGGUGGUUGAUGCCUCUCCUGCACCCCUGCUUUGCUCCCUCAAAAUAAUCAUCUCGAUCAGUAUUUUCGGUGGCUCCCUUCUUCCUCCAUUUUGCCGUCCUGUUUCUUAUUUGCUGCAUUAGAUCAGGUAUGUUUAAAAAACAUAGUCAAUGUUUAACUAAGUCAAUAGGCCUAUGCCUUAUACCUUCUUAUGAAUACUAAUGUAUUCCAUAUUUUCCUUGGAAUACAGUUUUCAUCAGAAGGAGCUCAUCAAAUCAGUAAAUGCUUUCCAAAUGUUGCAAUGAAUGAAUAAAAUUAUUUCACAUUAUAUUUGUUUCUAUCUG